AUGAAAUUUGAAGUGCAAAUGGUAGCGAUAGCUAUGGGAAAAAUAACUAUAGGCUAAUGGUAAAUAAAGAAAAAAACAAUUUUUAGUGAAAGAGUUGACGAUUUAUUUGCAAACGAAAGAGGUUCUUAAGAUUUAUUUAAGGAUAUAUAUUUGAUUUGCGGGACUGAGGAUGCAUUUAUCAUAUUAAGCUAUUUAGAAAGAAACUAAGAAAAGAUAUUAAAGGAAAAGAAAAAGCUAAGGGAGAUAUUUGAAGAUGGAGUUAGGCAAUAUUCGUAUACCUCUCGUGAAGUGCAGCAGGUGGAUAAAGAAUGUUCCUCAAUAUGCUAAAUGAUUUGA